AUGAAGUCCAACUUCCUCAUCGCACUCUUCAGCUUGGCUGUGGCCGCUGUUGCUGCUCCUACUGGUCCUGGCGGACUUGGCGGCGGUGGUGGUGCUGGCGGUUCCGUGAGCGGCGGCGGUGGUGGUGGCGGUUCAAUCGGCGGAGGGCUUGGUGGUGGCUUUGGGGGUGGCUUCGGCGCCGGUGCCGGUGCCGGCGCUGGUGCCGGUGCUGGCGAGGGUAUCUAA